AUGGUGUGUUAUUAUAACUCGAAACUGAGCUUACCACAGUUACCAGAUAUGGUCUAUCCAAAUAACUCUUUAUCGGUGUCGUAUACUGAUGAUGAGAAUUAUUGUUUAUUUUUCAAUGCAUUAGAUGCGUUGCAAAUGGUUGAUUCUAAUAAACUGCCCGGGAUCGAGGUGGCUUCAAGUGCUGCGUGGCAGAAAGCGAGAGAAUCAUGCGGUUUGCUAAAGCAACCAGCACGACCUUUUGACUGGACGUUCACCACGGAAUACGAGGGAACAGUGCGGGGAUUUGAGGUUGAACCGACGGAGGAGCGAAUCGACUUGGAGAGGUUGAAAAGCCGAGAACCGAUUCAUUUUUAUUCUCAGAUAGUGUUAUAUGAGGACGAACUGGCUGAUCACGGCUGUUCUCAGAUGAGUGUUCGCGUACGAGUGAUGCCUACAUUCUUCUUCCUUCUUGCCCGUUUUUACUUAAGAGUAGAUGGUGUGUUAGUUAGAAUAUGCGAUACGCGAGUGUUUGGUGAACGUGGUUCUCGUUUUAUUCUUAGAGAAUGGACGGAAAGGGAGGCCAAUUAUGCAAGCUUAGGGGUACAGGCUAUUGAAAAUAUUCUUGAUCCGAACACUGUUUGGCAGCAUCUUCCAAUUGUGAAAUCACGGGCAACGAAACUAUUUUUGCCGAGGUAG